AUGUUUGUGGUGCUCCUACCUCACCCCAGUUUGAAUUUACCUUCUUCGUUUCCAUCUUCUGUGCUAUCCUGCAGUGAGAAGCAGGAGUGGAGGCAAUACAGAGAUCUGAGUCUCUGCUGGCUCACCAUAGAGAGUAUGCCAGGCUCCAGGCCAGUCCUGCCCUCCUCAGCCUUGAGGCUGAGCGUGAGCCAGGAGCCUGAGCGCUGCCACACCCAGGUGCCUCCCUGGGGAAGCUUCCUAGCACUGAAUGCCUUGAACCCAGUGGGCCCAGAUCACCGAGAGGACCUGGACUCCGAGGGCAAGCGGCCUCUCCUGCUUCCCUGCGGACGCUAA